GAUGGCGACUAGCAGAGCUGCUGGAGACGUGUUGUGUGUGUUUAUCUGAGUUGGAAACCUCACUGUGAAUGAGCCAAGUGCAGAGAGAGAGAGAGAGACAGACUGCUCUAGGAGAGAAACUGCAGCGGUCUGUACUGGGUGUGGAUUCAGAUGCUGCAGCUCUGAGGACAUCCCUGUUUGUACCACGUAAUGUACCCGCUGUGCCAAGAUCCGCACUGCGUACCCUGCAGGAAAAUUGCUGCUAGAUGCCAACCUGAGGGAAGACAGAACCUCAUUGGACCUCGAGCGAAUCCCCUCUUUUAACCCAGUGGAUCCCCAACUCCGUAUAACGGCCCACCCCACCUCCUGCCAAAGACUAUGGAGGGUGGGCCUGUGGGGAAAAGUUCAAAGGUCAAAAGAAGCAGCCCCUGGGCAUCAGCGAGCAAGCCGAGAGGACGGGCGAGCCGCGCCGGUGCCAAGGCACAUCUGUGGGAGGGUCAGGAUGUGUUGGCCCGUUGGACUGACGGCUUGCUCUACCUGGGAAACAUCCGAAAGGUGGACCGGUGGAAACAUAUCUGUCUUGUUAGGUUCGAGGACAACUCCGAGUUCUGGGUCAUGUGGAAAGACAUCUAUCCCUCUGCGAUCCCUGGGACGGAGCACAUCUGCUGCCUGUGCAAGGAUGACACGACCGGCCCGGGCAACAAGGUUGUGAACUGUGCAAAGUGUAAGCAAGGGUAUCAUCAGGAGUGCCAUGCCCCCAAGAUAGAGCCUGAGGAGCAAAUCCUGCCCGCUUGGAUUUGCCGCUCCUGUAUCUUUGCCGUAGCCACCAAGAAAGGAGGUGCCUUAAAGAAGGGGCCUUAUGCCAAAGCAAUGCAGGCCAUGAAACGAGUGCUUCCCUACCAACUCCGGACCCUCGAGUGGGACUCCCAGCACCUCGCCAACCAGCAGCAGUGUUACUGUUACUGCGGAGGCCCCGGAGAGUGGAAUCUGAAGAUGCUGCAGUGUUGCCGGUGCCAGCACUGGUUCCAUGAGGCCUGUACCCAGUGCCUGAGCAAGCCGCUGCUCUAUGGAGACAGGUUUUACCUGUUUGUAUGCUGUGUCUGUACAGGUAGAGCGGAGUUUGUGAAAAGGCUGUCUCUGGAAUGGGCUGACGUUGCACACCUGAUCCUCUACCACCUCAGCACCUGCUGCAGGAAGAAGUACUUUGACUUUGAGGGCGAGAUCUUGGCGUUUGCCAACGAAAACUGGGACAACCUGCUGCUUGGUGAGCUUUCCAGUGCCUCCCAGUCGGAACGCUACAAGCAGAUCCUCAACGCCCUGAACAGCCACAGGAGCAGAUUUGUAUCUGGAAAGGAGAUCAAGAAGAAGAAGUGUAUCUUUGGCCUACAGGAGCGGGUGCCACCUCAGCCCCCGCCUGCUGCUACCCUGUGUGCCAUUGCAGACCAGCUGAUGGAGUCCUCUGCCAGCUCAUCUCACAAAAGGUCUGAGCUUGACGGAGUGAAGAAGGUGAAGGCCAAGAGGCGUCCUUCCCAGAGGGAGCCCCAGGACCUGUACGAGCUGAAGACCAGGCAGGCACGCCGCCUGCUACAGAAAGCUAUCAGCCAGAACGUGGUCCCGAGCCCCUCCAGCCCCAACCAGUCUUACCAAGGCUGCCGAGGCAGUGCCAACACGUGUGCCAUCAGGGAGAGUACCGAGAGGACGCCUCCAAAGAUGAUGUACGCAUCGAUCCAGCCAUCCUCGAACGCAGUCCGCAGUCUGGAGUCCUCAUCCUCAUCCUCCUCCUUCGAGUAUGGUGAGAAUUCGGGCACUCAGGCAAAGGCUGUCGGCAUUGGCAACCGUCUGUCAGACUGUGAGGAGGGGGCAGACGAGAGGUCUGGAGACGCCGCUGAGACGGAGCAGGAGGAUGAGGGGGAAGAGGAGGAGGAAGAGGAUGAGGAGGAGGAGGAGGAGGAAGAGGAGGAGGAGGAGGAUGGCUCCGACAUCCCGAUGGAGGCUCGGUCGCAAUGCGACUCCAGCGACGACGACCUGCCGCUCUCCUACCUGCGCUCGUCGGUCAACAGCUACUUCGGGGCGAUGGGCAGACUGGCGCGGGGCGAGACCGUGCGGAUCCUGGCCCGCCGGCUCACCCUGGACAACAAAGUGCAGUACCUGGUGGAGUGGGGUGGCCCCUCCAUAUUUUAGCUCCCCCCCCCGCCACCGCCCCUCCCCAGAGAGGCUGGGAGAGUCCCACCUGAGGGGGAGGGAGUGCAGGGAGGAAGGGGUUGUGUUGGGAGGGGGGAGAGAGAGGGGGUGGUUUGCGGAUCCGAGGAACCAACUGCCAAACCUUGAAACAGCUUUCCCCGAGCCAGGCAUCCGCUCGGCAUCAGGAGCGCGGUUUUUAAAAUGCCCGCGUUUUGUUUUUGUAAUCUUUUUUUCUUCCCCUCACUUCUUCGGGCCCCAUUCCAUUAGCCUUUCCGCUCAGGCUUCCGUGGUAUGCACACCCCCUCCACCCCCUGCCCAAACGCAAGUGUGUGUGCUAAUGGAGAUGCCACGGGGGACUGUCACUGAGAGAGUUUAAUAUCACAAGAGCCCCCUUGAGUAAAGGCGGAGUGGGACUGAUGGUGCAGGGAAGUCUGAGAGACGCGAGGGAUGUAGGUUGUGCUGGGCCCAGAGUCUCUGAGAGAAAUGGGCAGAAAGGUGCAGUGGGACUGUGUCGGGGAUCUUGGGUCAAGUAUGGGGAACGGUAUAAGCGAUACUGGGGAACUGUGUAUGGGACUGUGCGGGGGACACUGGGUACUGUGUAUAGGACUGUGCGGGGGACACUGGGGACUGUGUAUGGGACAGUGCGGGGGACACAGGACUGCAUGUUUGGGGCUGUGCGAGGUCGCUGUGGACUGAGUAUGGGACUGUGUGGGGGCCACUGGGGGCUGAUAAUGGGACUGUGUGCGCUUUGGACACUGGGGUAUGUGUGUAGGACUGUGCGGGGGACACUGGAGGCUGUGUAUGGGACUGUGCAGGGGACACUGGAGGCUGUGUAUGGGACUGUGCGGGGGAUACUGGGGAUGGCGUAUGGAACUGUGCAGGGGACACUGGGGACGGUGUAUGGGACUGUGCUGGGGACACUGGGGAUGGCGUAUGGGACUGUGUGGGGUCACUGGGGACGGUGUAUGGGACUGCGGGGGACACUGGGGAUGGCGUUUGGGACUGUGUGGGGGACACUGGGGACGGUGUAUGGAACUGUGUGGGGGACACUGGGGUCUGUGUAUGGGACUGUGAAUUUAGAAGCACUUUCUGUUUGAGUAUUGCACCCUGUUAUACCCUGUGUCCCUUCCCUGGGGUCAGCUAUUCUCCCUGUUAGACAUCCUGUCACUUUCCCUGGUCAUCCCCAUCUCUGCCUGUUUCCCCCUCUCUCACUCCCUAUUGCUGUCUUUUGGGCAUGUUCCCUCUCUCCACCCCCUGUUUCCAUCCUUCCACCUCUCUCUAUCCUUCCUCCUCUCUCUCUUUCUCCCCCUUCUCUCUCUCUUUCUCCCCCUUCUCUCUCUCUCUCUUUCUCCCCCUUCUCUCUCUCUCUCUUUCUCUCUCCUCCUCUCUUUCUCACCCACUUUUUUUUCUCCCACCUUCCCCACUCUCUUUGUUGCACCCUCCCUCUCUCUUUCUCCACCUCCCUCACCCUCUUUCUCUCUCUCUCUCUCUCUCUCUCUCUCUUUGUCUGUCCUUGCCAUCUAUCCAUCUCUCUCUUGUCUUGCUUUUCCCAUUUCCUUUUCUCUGUUUUUACCUCACUCUGUGUUCUUCCUACAUACUGUAUCUUUUUCGGUGGGUGUGUACGAUGCUGUUUCUCGUUUCCUGUACCUGGCCUACUUCCUUCCCCUACUUUGGAAAUUGUGUGUGUGUGUCUGUCUGUCUGUGUGUGUGUGUGUGUGUCUGUGUGUCUGUGUAUGUAAUCCCUUCCUGUCUGCUGUUAUCCACUGUCCAAUUUUGCUUUCUGGCUUGUUUUUCCUUCUCUAUUUUCCUCUUUAUCUCUCAGUCCCUUCCACUGCAGGAUCUGCUCUGUGAGAACCUGCUCCCUUUAAUGUUUUGAACAGUGCAGUUUAGGUCUGGAGGGCUGAUUGGGGGUGGGGUGGGCCGGUGCAGUAGGACAGUGAGGAGCUAGUCUCGGAGAGGAUGGUGCAAAAUGUCCCUCACUUGGAGAGAGCAUUGAGCGAGAGGUCUUCUAAGACUUCCCUGUUGCGUUCUUCAUUCCUCAAUUCGUUUGGAGUUCCCCGUUCAAAAAGCAAGUCAGAGAGGUGGGAAAUAAAGUCGCGUUUUCAGGACCAUUUUCAUUCCUCCCAAGUUCUCUGCCGACUGCAAGAUGUCAUUGAGCAGUUCAGGGAGGGAGGGGGGUGAAGCGACAGCCACUGGUGACAGUGAGGCCUGCAGUCCGUGAGGAGAAAGACCGGGAGAUGUAACAUUGCGAAGCCAGUGUCCCUUAGGGCACUCCAGUGUCCCUGACCAUUGGCCAUCAGAGGCGAAGGGGUGACACCUGUGACAGGGAAUAUUACAGUCCCAUUCAGACUGCACAGCGCAGAAACAGGCCAAUCCGUCCAUGUGAACCAGCUCCCCAUCCAUCUGAACUUCUUUGCAACUCUCGCUUCCUUCUGCCCCUUCCUCCCUCCUGCAUUUGAGUAGCUUCCAGUCAGGUGGUGUUGACCUCACCCACUCUGUGCUUCACUUUGUCCCCUGCUGUCUGGGUGAAGGCGGUUACUGGGAAUUCUCUGUUGGAUUCCUUACCGCUGUAGCCCCAAGAUCCUAUUCUCUCCGAACAGCAGUGAGAAACACUCUCUCGGCGCAAUCCAUUGAAAGAAAAAGACUUUCUUCUUCAAAGUUACUAAAGGCCGCUGCAUCCAGUAGUAGAGUUCUCCCUCCAGGGGUAGGGACCCCCAGCCUGUUGCCCACGCCCCCCCCAUUUCCUGACAGUGUAACCUUGUUGUGCUUUGCUGCUUUGUAUCAGCUGCUCCUGCAGCUAUACGGCCUACUGCCCACCUUUUGUGAUCCUCCUCCUAAUACCCCAUGCUCCCCCCUUCUCUUGCCUGUCUGUGGAAGGGGAGGAGCCACUGUGCUCUGAAACCUUUAGUCGCGUUGUUAGCUUAACAUUGAAUACCCCCCCCCGAGCCGAUCACUGGUACGGGAACAGACCUCCUCCCCCCCUCACCCCCCGACGCUUGAGAUUCUUUUGGAGAAGAGAUUAUUUUGUUAUUCUGUAAUUUAAAAAGAAAACUACACACACAUCCCACCCACCCGCACGCACGUACACACACAUAUAUAAAUAUAUAUAGAUAUAUUAUAUAAAAAUAAAAGGUUUUUUUGUUUCGUUUGUGUA